AUGGAUUUCACAAGCAAAACAAUUUUCUUCACCCUAACCCUAACCCUAACCCUAGCCUCAUUCCUCUUUGUUGGCAAUGCCGAUGAGGAUAUCCACGUUGUAAACCACAAUCUUCAAUCCGAUCUCACGGGGUUAUGCCAAAGAACUACCAACCCUACACUUUGUCUAGAAACAAUUCGACCACACUUGCUCAAGGGUUCAAUUACUCCCAUUAAGGCUCUCGAUGCUGAAGUCGAAGCGACUCAUGAACAAACCAAAAGAACUAUGGAUUUCAUUGGUACUUCACUCGCCAAAAGUAGUACUUCCAAAUCAUUGAAGGAUUCUCUUGCUAUAUGCAGGGAGCAAUACCAAGGCAUUUUGGAUACUAUCAAAGAAACCAAAGAAGCAAUUGCUAAUAAUGAUUUUACUACAGCUAAGUUGAAAUUCAGUGCUGUUUUGUCAUACCAAGGAUCUUGCAAAGAUGCAUUUGAAGGGAUGGAGAAGGAAUUCUUCUUUUCUCAUGACUCUGAUAAUUUGUUUCAGUUGGGAGGAAACUGUUUGGACAUCAUAGCUGAUAUAGAAAAGGCUGAGGGUCCUAAGACUGAAGUAGUACCAACCGUUUCAACUCCUUCUACAGUUUCUACAUUUAGCAACGUAAUUGGAACCGUAAGUUAA